UUUCCUCGAACCCUUCUCUCUCUCUCUCUCUCUCUCUCUCUCUCUCUUCGAAGAAAUCUCGAUCCCUUCCGAUGGCGUCCUCCGCGAUGAUCCUCGAUCCCAAGCCCACCCUCUCGGAGCCUCCCCCAAGCUUUGCAGCGAUCCCCUCCACCUCCCUCUCACCCGGCGGUGAGGACGAUGACGACCUCUACGGCCGCCUCAAGUCCCUGCAACGCCAGCUAGAGUUCAUCGACAUCCAGGAGGAGUAUGUAAAGGACGAGCAGAAGAACCUUAAGCGAGAGCUUCUCCGCGCUCAGGAGGAGGUCAAGCGUAUCCAGUCUGUGCCCCUCGUUAUCGGCCAGUUCAUGGAGAUGGUCGACCAGAACAAUGGGAUCGUUGGAUCCACGACGGGGUCCAAUUAUUAUGUCAGGAUCUUGAGCACGAUCAAUCGCGAAUUGUUGAAGCCCUCGGCGUCGGUGGCGCUGCACCGCCAUUCGAAUGCUUUAGUUGAUGUGCUGCCUCCGGAGGCCGAUUCGAGUAUUUCGCUUUUGAGUCAGUCGGAGAAGCCGGAUGUUACUUACAAUGAUAUUGGAGGGUGUGAUAUUCAGAAACAGGAAAUACGUGAAGCUGUGGAAUUGCCAUUGACACACCAUGAAUUAUACAAGCAGAUUGGUAUAGACCCUCCAAGGGGUGUCCUUCUCUAUGGUCCACCUGGCACUGGUAAAACUAUGCUUGCCAAGGCUGUAGCCAAUCAUACAACUGCUGCAUUUAUACGCGUGGUCGGUUCAGAAUUUGUUCAGAAGUAUUUGGGUGAGGGUCCCAGAAUGGUUCGUGAUGUUUUCCGUCUUGCCAAAGAGAAUGCACCGGCAAUUAUUUUUAUUGAUGAGGUUGAUGCUAUUGCGACUGCUCGUUUUGAUGCUCAAACUGGCGCUGACAGAGAAGUUCAGCGUAUCCUCAUGGAGCUCUUAAAUCAGAUGGAUGGAUUUGACCAAACAGUGAAUGUUAAGGUUAUAAUGGCAACAAACAGAGCUGACACUCUAGACCCUGCCCUAUUACGUCCCGGUAGGCUUGAUAGGAAAAUCGAGUUUCCCUUGCCUGAUAGAAGACAAAAGAGGCUUGUAUUUCAGGUCUGCACUGCCAAAAUGAAUCUCAGUGAUGAGGUUGACUUGGAAGAUUAUGUUUCUCGUCCAGAUAAGAUUAGUGCCGCUGAGAUUGCAGCAAUCUGUCAGGAAGCAGGAAUGCAUGCUGUCCGAAAAAACCGGUAUGUGAUUCUUCCCAAGGACUUUGAGAAAGGCUACCGGACAAACGUGAAGAAGCCUGAUACUGAUUUUGAUUUCUACAAGUGAGAGACCUCAGUUUGUGAAAACUUUCAACUUUCAAUUUACUUGGUACCAUUCCACUACUAAAUUUCAUGUAAUUGCACCUCAAAGUUUCAUAUCUGGUUUCCUCUCUACCUCUCUUUUACCCAGUUCAUUCACAUUAGACAGUGACUGCAAAUGACUUGGCUAAGAACUGAACAAGUGUUUCAAUAUGAUGUUCAUGAGUUUAAAUUUGUUA